AGGAAAAGAAAGACCGUUGAUUGAAAGAAAAAAAGAAAAAAAAAAAAGAAAAACGCACAGAACAGAACGAUUAACCAUUAAACGUUGUUACAUUUCAACGAAGAAGAGACAAAAACGGAAAGCACAAAAAUAAAAGAGAGAGAGAGAGAGAGAGAGAUAAAAAUAAAUAGGGACAUUCGUUGAAAAAAGAAGAAGAAGGUGAAUCGGUUGAAUCGAAAGGUGGCGCGAAGAAAGAAAGGAAGAAGGAUCACACAAGGUGGUAUAAGAGAAUAACGAGAAUAGAAUGGGCAAUAAGUUGUCUUGCAGUUGUGCUCCUCUUAUCAGAAAGGCUUAUCGUUACGAGGAUUCACCAUGGCAGGCUGGCGCGAGGGGCGGAAUGGGCGGCAGCGGAGCACGAAGGGGUGACACUGGCNACUUGCUCAGGUGCGGAAGCUUAAGAGAAAGGAAGAGACUGUGGGCCGAAGUGUUCCAUGUAAGCGCAAGCGGGGCUGGAACUGUGAAAUGGCAGCAGGUUUCCGAGGAUUUAGUUCCUGUAAAUAUCACGUGCAUUCAAGAUUCGCCAGAAUGUAUUUUCCAUAUUACCGCGUACAACAGUCAGGUGGACAAAAUUUUGGACGUACGAUUGGUACAACCAGGUACACGGAUUGGACAAGCGUCAGAGUGUUUCGUUUAUUGGAAAGACACGAUGACCAACGACACAUGGGGAUUAAAUUUUACCUCUCCGAUAGACGCUAAACAAUUCAGAGAAUGUUGCUCACCGUCGUUCAAGAUUUCAAGGAAAGCGUCCUCUUCUUACUCGUUGAAGCUCGAACCGCCUAACAAACAAAAGAUCAAGACACGGAGAAAGCCUUUAUCGACACCGGCAUCACCGAGCAGAUCCAGGGAGCCCCAAUGCACUUGUAUGACACCGGAACAACUCGCCAGAUUUCGAAGCCAAGAAGCCAGAUACCGAGGUUUUUGCACUACCUCUACGCUUCCACGGACGAUGGCGCGAUCGACCGAGGUGGAGAUGACGCCGGGUCGUGAUAAAAUAACAGCGGCAACGUCCAGUGCCUCCCUCUACGACAACGUUAACAAUGCGAACGUGACGCCGGGGAAAACGGCGAAAGCAGGGGAAUCGAAGCAAAAGGAGAAACAGAACGAGACAUGUCAGACAACGCCAAAGACGGCGAACGUAGGCAUCGAAACUGUAACCGUUGGCUCGCAAAUCGAUAGCCCGGAAGAGAAAGGCGCUGCGAUAUCACCGAAAAAAGGUCAAAAGCAAAGUCAAGACUCGUCUACUCAACAAAAUGGUAGCGAGAUGCUCAAAUCAGAAGGUACACAAGCAGGUGGCACAUUACAAAAUAAGUCGUUGCGAAAAGAGCAAUUACAUCAUACGAAGUCUGCCGAUUACACAGAUUUGGAGAUGCAAAACGGCAAUAUUUUCAACAUAGUGAACAAUAAUCACAGUGGGAAGAAAUCGAAAAGCAAGAGUACGGACGAUAUGAGAAUCGAGAAUGCGCAAAACGGUGGGAUUAGUUUAGAUUCGAACACGUUGAAACGUAUGCUGAAACCCAUGCCGAGUAUCGAUAGCCCGGUCACGUCCCCAGAGAUGACGAGAAAAAGGCAUAGCCAUCAUAAUUAUCAUUAUCAUCCGAGCAAUAACAAUCAGAAGUACAUCAUGCAAGAGACUGAAAACGAAAAUUGCGCCCAUCUGUAUCGACCAACGUAUAAUAACAAGUUCCAGACGACUAGAAGCGUGCAUGACAUGGGACGUCAAUACGCCGGCGGGAGAGCCAGGACCUAUUUAGAUUCGGAACGUAAUCGAUGCACAGGUGAUAUGUCGCCGCCAUCGGAUAAUGUCAUCUUCGAUAAUCAGUGUUACGCGACCACGCCGAGUUCCUCCAAUGGAAACUCGGACAUGGAGCAACCGACGCACUGCAAUUCCCGUCGUUGCAACGGUAGCCAGGCUUAUCAACAGCAGAACAUGCAAUCGGUGUCGACCCCCGGAAGCCCUACCAGCAGGCUAUUGCUCGAGUACGAGAUGCAUCUGAGGAACACACUUGCCAAGGGUAUGGACGCUGAGAGUUACAGUUUACGCACUUUCGAGGCGUUGCUCACUCAAAGCAUGGAGGAUUUAGAAUUCGCGAAAAAUAUACCGUUGAACACUCAACGUACGCCUCACGUUUCACGAAGACGUUCAAGUUCCAAUAAAUCGUCGACGUUACCGUUGUCGUAUCGUUACGAAAGGCAGAAUAGCAAGGACAGGGACGGUUAUUACAGCGAUCGUAACGAAAUGAUCAGGGAGAAGAGGGACAGGGAAAUCGAUCGGGAUCGCGGAUACCUCAGCGAUUAUAAUUCGAGAUGCACCAGCUGCGUAGGGGAGUCCGCACGCGCGCAAUGGUUUCGACAUUCGGACGGAUGGCAAUCCGGCAGUUCGACCCUCGGCUCCGGCGCCUCAAGCUCGAUAAAUCCGAGCUACACGGGCCACAAACGGGACUCCCCCUGGGAUUCUUUGCCAUCGUUGAGACACGAGGGCAGCCUUAACGACAGCGGAUACAAAUCGAAUCGGACGGAUUCUUUGGAGCAAAGAGGCACUUUCGAUAGACAGGACAGCGUGAGAUCGGAUUAUAUGUCCGAUCGGGAUGGCAGAUACGGAAUUGUUCAACAAGCUUCCCUGGAGAGCACAGACUCGAGAAUUUGCUACUUGACGUCCUCAGAGAUGUCAGACGACGAUAAAAUGUCCCUAACUACCGCGGUUAGCGACGACGACGACGGGGAGAGCGUGAUAAAUUCGCCCUAUCGAGGGAAACAGACUGGUACAGCCGCUGCGUCGUUCAAUUGUACGGGGGCGGUACGAAAAGCUGGAUUUCUAAGCGUGAAGAAAUGGCUGUUACGAAAGAAGCAUCAGAUCGAGCUAGCGAGGAAGAGGGGUUGGAAAGGUUACUGGGUUUGCCUGAAGGGGACCACGCUCCUCUUCUAUCCUUGCGAAUCCCAAGAAAGUAGAACCAUGGAGGCGGCGCCCAAGCAUUUGAUCAUAGUCGAUGGCGCGAUAAUGCAACCGAUCCCGGAACAUCCGAAGAGGGACUACAUAUUUUGCUUGAGCACCGCUUUCGGCGAUGCUUAUUUAUUUCAGGCUCCGUGUCAAGUGGAACUCGAGAACUGGGUGAAUAGUAUACAUUCGGCUUGUGCAGCCGCGUUUGCGCGUCAUCGUGGUAAAACUGGAACCCUUCAUUUAUUGCAGGAAGAAAUAUUUCGCUUAGAGAAAGCGAUAGAAUCGGACCACAAAUUGAAACACAUGGCUGAUCUUCAGCAAUCCGUCGUGUCUGACGUGGAGACGAAACAGCAGAUCAACAAUCAGAUUGUUCAGUGGGAAGAAAAUUUGGAGAGACUUCAUUGCGAACAAUUCCGACUCAGAUGUUACAUGGCCAGUUUACAAAGUGGCGAAUUACCAAAUCCAAAGAGUUUAUUGACGCACGUAUCCCGCGCCACGAAGCAGACGUUGAACAAAUUAGGAGUUUUCACCGUGUCGUCGUUUCACGCUUUCAUAUGCGCGCGGAGCCCUUCCCUGUUGAACAAUCUGUUGGCGGGACGAGGGGCUACCAAGAGAAGGCCGCCAUUGUUGUCGAGAUCCAACAGCGGAUCGNNCAGGAGAUCCCUUCAAAUUUCGUCCAGAGAUGAUGAGAAGACGGUGAAGGUUUUCGUGCCGGAAAAUCAGCUGGUAUCCGUAUUUGUGCGCGAUGCUAUGACAGUGGAAGAAUUCCUCGCAAGCGCUUGCAAUAGAAAGAACCUUAAUCCGAUGGAACAUUUCGUUCGCGUGAAAAAACGCCGCGACAUGGAAGAUCAUAAUUAUUUCGUACCACAUAGAACCGACUUGAUAGAAACAUACUUGCACACGCACGAAGUGGUCGAGGUAUGCGCGAAGAUCCUGUAUCAAGUGGAGUUGCAAAGGAACACCCUUGAACAAAUGUGGGGAUUCUCGGUGGAGGCGGAGUUGAUCGAGAAUUCCGAUCGACAGGACGAGCUGUGCUGUUACGUCAGCAGGGUCGAGGAUAAGAGCGUAGCAAUGCAGAAUGGUAUCAUUAAAGGUGACGAAAUCAUGGUGAUCAACGGCGCGAUAGUGAGCGACCUGGACAUGAUGUACCUGGAAAGCGUGUUGCAAGAGGAGGUCGGUUUGUGCAUGAUGAUGAGAUCCUCGAGGACCGAGCCCCCGGAUCUUACGGGGAUAAUGAGAGUGACCGACGACAUAAUCGAGAGUUUGGUUUGCCCACCGCCACCCUCCGACCCGCCUGUUAUAAGCGAAGAAAUGAUCUCUGGGUUAAUCGUUCCGGCUCCUGGAUGGAGCAAAGAAAGUAUUAUGCAGGAGUGCACGACGACAUCUCACAUGGAGAAUGGCAAACAAACGUCUCGGACGAAUUCGUUCGAGAUAGAGAAUUUGUUAAAAACGGCGGAACAAGUGACGGGGAUCUGUCGAUCGCCUGGUGAAACGCGAAAGUCGAGCCCAACCGGAAGCGUUGUUAGUUCUCAUUCCCAAGCUCUGACGCCGAGCAGGCAGCUGAGCGAUGCUGAGAAACUGAAGAAAGUUAUUCUAGAAUUAAUUGAGACUGAACGUACUUACGUGAAGAAUUUAAAUAAUUUGUUGGAGAACUACUUAGAGCCCCUUAAACGCGAAACCUUCCUAUCGAAUGCAGAGAUAAACGCAUUGUUCGGGAACAUACAAGAGAUUGUUACGUUUCAACGGCAAUUUCUACAAAAUCUUGAUCACGCGAUCGAGAUGGAAGCUGAUUUCAAUAAUUUCGAUCAUCCUAGUCAAUUUAAGGGUGUCCUGUUUUCCAUUGGAAGUGCCUUCUUGUAUUACGUAAAUCAUUUCAAGUUGUACAGUUCGUUUUGUGCUAGCCACUCAAAGGCGCAAAAGGUUUUACAUCCAAAUGAAGGAAACCAAGCUUUACAAGAGUUCCUGCAAGCGCGAAAUCCAAGGCAGCAACACUCGUCGACGUUAGAAUCGUACUUGAUUAAACCUAUUCAACGAAUAUUGAAAUAUCCUUUGCUCUUGCAACAACUUCGAAAUCUCACCGACGAAAGGAGCGAAGAACACCAACACUUGAUCGAGGCUUUGAAAGGUAUGGAAAAAGUAGCAGAGCAUAUAAACGAGAUGCAAAGAAUUCACGAAGAAUACGGAGCCAUUUUCGAUCACUUGUUUAGGCAACAUCAAAAAUCUUGCAAGCAGCCGAUAGAUUUAAGCCCAGGAGAUCUUUUGUAUUAUGGAGGUGUCGAGUGGCUCAAUAUUUCCGACUUUCUUGGUAAAAUCAAGAAAGGUCUGGAAUUACACGCGAUGUGUUUCGUUUUCAAAUCUGCCGUCGUAUUCCUGUGCAAGGAAAGAUUGAGACAGAAGAAGAAACUUAUGGGAGUAUCGACAAAAGCGAACUCCAGCGAAGUGGAGAUAAUACGUUAUCAAGUGUUGAUUCCUGUAACGGAAGUGCAAGUUAGAGCCAGCUCCGCCAAAGACAUGGAAUCUCAUUUCUUGUGGGAAUUGAUCCAUUUAAGAAGUCAAUUACAGAGAAGAUCGGAGAAAGUAUAUGUGCUUUCCAACAGCACAACGGAAUUCAGGAACGCGUUUUUGAGGACGAUACGUCAAAUUAUUCGAGAAUCGGUCCGGAACAUGAGCAUACCGUCGACGAAACAAAAUCUUAGCCAACCACCGAUCAGCAUUUCCCCACGAAUGUCGACCGGCCAUGUGGAGAAAUUCGAGAAACAGUCGGCUGGAACGAGCCAGGUGGGGCAAAAUGGUGGCAACGGUGGCAGUGGGGCGGCCACGUUGUCCAAGAAGAAACAGCAAUUGUUGACAACGUCGCACAACGUGAAGCGAAAAUACAGCCAAUCGAAACAGGCUGUGGAGCACGAGAGCUCCGAGGAUAAGGACAACGAGGAGGCAGGGGCCUCGGCCAUUAACCAACAGCAAACGACAUUUCGCUCCCGGAGCAAGACCAUAAGCGACACAUCCGGGGAGAUAAAGGUCGAGAUGGACUCGGGGACGAAAUCGGAGGGUGAGGAAGACUCGCAAGCUUUUUUAGGUGAGAAGAAGGCGAAUUUGGGCCGUACGCCGAAUCAUUUGACUUUGAGCACCACUUCGACAAUUUCAGCAGGAAGUACGGGUAGUCAGGCGAGACUGAUCCAAUCUUCUCAUCAACCGGAAAAUUAUCAACCGAUCACGGUCAAGGAACUUGGAGAGAAUCUUAAAGAAGGGAGUGAACUUUGCUUUUAGAACUUGUGCGGGAAACAAACACACUUCCCUCGCAAUCGAUCGAACGACCGAAGAAUGUUUUCGAUACACGCAUGACUUUAUUAUGCGCGAGUGAUGACAAUUUCAAAGUACUUUACGUUCUUACGCCGGCUAUAUCUUAAUCUCUCAUCCGCUAUUGGAUAGACGCAUCGAUCGAAGUUUAUUGUCGCGUUUUAUCGAUAUUAUAUAUAUCGAUCGAAAAAUCGAAUCAUCGGUUACAGUGAUAAAUUGCCAUAAUAUAGGCGUGGUGCACAUUCUUGUCCAUAAAUCUGCCUACGUAAUAAAUCUUGAACGUAAUAUUUAUUAAAAAUAUCACUGAAAGAAUAAUUUUUCGUUUCGAACGAUUCGAUCUUAUAAGUACAAAAUUCCUUUUUUUAUCUAUUUCGAGAUUUAUCGACGGGGAAAUGUGCACACGUGCUAGGGAGUAAAACGAAUUUAACGAAAUUUUCGAGAUUUUAUCUAUUGAUAUUAUCACACACAUCGAUCAUUAUCGCCACUACCAACGCUGUUGCCGCAUCCCGUUAUUGCAACCACAACUAUACUAUACUACAUCUUCGACUUCAACCACUACACAAUUACUACCGUUACUACUACAACUACUGCUACUAUCGCUGCUGCUGCUAUUACUACUUCUGCGAUUAUUGCUGCUCCUGCUGUUUACAACUUAUUGCAUGCCAUCGGUACAAGCACGUACGAAGCGAUUUUCGUUUAUACCUCGACUCUCGUCUCGACUGUAAUUAUUUCACGAUGUUUUCUUUUCUGCGUGGACGGCAAUGCGACACCACGUAAUAAUAAAACUCUGUAUAUAA